AAGGAGUGCAUCUCCCCCAGAUCCCGCCCCCCCAGGGUUGGGGUGGGGGAGUUGGUCACAUAUUCCCAACAGUGCAUGGGGCCAUUCAGACCUUGGGGCUUCUCAGGAGGGUCAGAAAAUGAGACGGGCUGCUGCAGCCCCUUCAAGAAGCCCUUAGGCCCUUGUGUGUGGGUGGUGGAGGGGGUGGUUUUCCACCACAGAGCUUCCUCGCUGGUGACAGAACUGAAACAGGGAACAAUCAAGUGUUUCUUGUGAUUGCCAGGGCCGGAGGGAAAGGGCUGGAUUUCCAGCCUUUGAUUGUGGGUCCCCCCCAUGGUGUUCCCAGACUCUGAUCCCAGUCCCCACCACUUCCUGGCCUUUGAUCUAUCCUUCCCCCUUAGAAACAACAAGGAGUCCAGUGGCACCUUAAAGACUAACAGAUUUAUUUGAGCAUAAGCUUUAGUGAGUAAAAACCCCACUUCUUCAGAUGCAUGGAGUGAAAAUUACAGAUGCAAACAUAAAUAUACUGUACUGACCCCUGAAGAGAAGGGAGUUACUUCACAAGUGGAGAACCAGUGUUGAUCGGGGCAAUUUGAUCAGGGUGGAUGUAGUCGACUCCCAACAACAGAUGAGGAGGUGUGAAUUCCAGGAGAGGCAAAGCUGCUUCUGUAAUGAGCCAGCCACUCCCAGUCCCUAUUCAAGCCCAAAUUAAUGGUGGUAAAUUUGCAAAUGAAUUUUAGUUCUGCUGUUUCUCUUUGAAGUCUGUUUCUGAAGUUUCUUUUGUUCAAGUAUAGCUACUUUCAAAUCUGUUAUAGAAUGUCCAUGAAGAUUGAAGUGUUCUCCCACUGGCUUUUGUAUGUUACCAUUCCUGAUGUCUGAUUUGUGUCCAUUUAUUCUUUUACGAAGGGACUGUCCGGUUUGGCCAAUGUACACGGCAGAGGGGCAUUGCUGGCACAUGAUGGCAUAUAUCACAUUAGUAGACGUGCAGGCGAGGGGCGGGUCGCGGAGGCGGAUCGGGAUAUAUCAGUGCCGGCUAAGGCGGAGCGCCCGUCUCAUAGUCAGAGGAGUCAGUCAGGCCCUAGCGAUACCCGGUGGCAUCUAGCCAGGCAUCAUGAGCCAGGACACAGAGGUGGAUAUGAAGGAGGUGGAGUUGAACGAAAUGGAGCCAGAGAAGCAGCCCAUGACAGGCUCCCCCUCCUCCCCGGCCUUGGGCACCCUGGGCGAGAAGAACGGGAUGGUGAAGGUGUCCAAGGAGGAUGGCGAGGCAGAUGCUGGCACCAAGUUCACGGGGCUCUCCAAGGAGGAGCUGCUGCAGGUAGCGAGCACUCCAGGGUGGGUGCGCACCCGCUGGGCACUGCUCAUCCUCUUCUGGCUGGGUUGGCUGGGCAUGCUGGCAGGGGCCAUCGUCAUCAUCGUCCAGGCUCCCCGCUGCAAGGAGCUGCCUCCCCAAGAGUGGUGGCACAAGGGGGGUAUUUACCGCAUCCAGGCACUGGAGGCCUUCCAGGACUCGAAUGGCGAUGGAGUUGGGGACUUAGCAGGAGUGGAGCAGCGCAUCGAUUACCUGAGCUCCCUGAAGGUGAAGGGGCUGGUAAUUGGGCCCAUACAUAUUAACACCCCUGACAACCUGACUAGCACGGACCUGCAGACAGUGGACCCCAGGCUCGGCACCAAGGAGACCGUUGCCAAGCUGCUGGAGGCCGCCAAGAAGAAGAGUCUCAAGGUCAUCCUGGACCUGACCCCCAAUUACCGUGGCAAGAUGUCCUGGUUCAGCCUGGAGACCCCCCACAACAGUGAUUUCCAGUCUAAAAUGAAGGCGGCGCUGAAGUUCUGGCUGGAGCUUGGCGUGGCAGGGAUCCAGAUUGAGGGAGUGGAGCAGCUCAAUGACUCUCAGCUUCUGGGGGAGUGGAAGAACCUCACCAGCCAGUACAGUUCUGAUGGCAAUGCCAGGGUGCUGAUCGCCUGGACGGGCCAGCAGGAUUCCCGGCAGAUCUUCUCCCUGCUGAAUGAGACCAGUGCUGACCUUCUGGUCAGCCCAUAUCUGCUGGGGCUAGAGCUGGAGCCCACUGGGCAGAAGGUGGAAAACGCGAUCAGAGCGUACAUCCAGGCUGCUGGAGAGAAGUGGCCCAGCUGGAGCGUGGGGGGCCCACGGACGAGGCACAUGGCCUCUCUUGUGAAGGAGCGGUUGCUGCGGCUGUAUCACAUGCUACUUUUCACGCUGCCAGGGACACCCUUCACCAACUACGGGGAUGAAAUCGGGCUGCAGGAGCUGCCUGGACAGUCCGGCGUAUCCCGCAUGCAGUGGAAUAAUUCAGCCAACUUUGGCUUCUCCUCAAAGUUUUCUCCUCAAGGUGGGGACAGCAGCGGCAGCAACAUCACUGUGGAGGCACAGAGUGGGAACAGCUCCUCACUGCUCUCCCUGUUCCGGCACCUGAGCGAGCUGCGAGGCAAGGAGCGCUCACUGCUGCAUGGGGAAUUCAUGAUGCUGCCCAGGCUGGUGCCAGAUGUCUGUGUCUACCUGCGCAGCUGGGACCAGAACAAACGCUUUCUGGUGGUCCUCAACUUUGCUGGCACGCACAGCACUGUCACCAUCUCCCACUCUCUCCUGCCUCCCGAGGCCACUGUGGAGCUCAGCACUGACCCCCAGCGCCAGGAGGGGCAGCUGGCCCUGAAGGACCUGACAUUGGAGUCCUCUGAGGGGUUGCUGCUGCAUUUUCCCUAUGUAGCCUAAGGGAGAGGGCCUCCCCUGCAGGCCAGGGCCUCCCAUGUUCCAGGGAGGGGUAUUGCUCAUGUGAGUCCUACUAACACCCCCAGGGGCCGCACUGAGGCCUUGGGGCAGGAGGGGGGAGCUGGAGCCAUAAGGUAAAGAAGGCCCUUAGGUUCUGCUCUCCCGAGUCCUAGAUGUCUGUCCUGAUACACCCCACAGGGCUGGCUGGGGGAGGGGGGCCGGUGCUCAGUGUGCUCGAAUUCCUGCUAGCCUCACUUUGGCACCAUCCUCAGGGAUGCUAGGGGAAAUCUGAGCUGGGGUGAGGACUGGGCUCUAUGGCAUGUUUCCCCAUGGUGGGGGAGCAACUAGUUUUAGGGACCAAAGGGUUCAGGCCCCACUGGCUGCAGCUUCACCCUCCCACAAAGUCAUUCCAGCUCCUGAGGGGCUGGCCCUCCCUGCUGUCAUCCCCCCGCCCCCCUUGGGGUCACCCUCUCCUUUGGGUGCCCUGUAUGAUGGGAUAGGUGGGGAUGACUGAUCAGGACCAAGGGUCUGUCUCUAUCUCUCCUCCUCUUCCUCUCUACCUCUUCCCAUGUUGUAAUGGCCAGUGCUGUGUGUGAAAUGGGACAGAUGUUUGGGCGUGGGAUGGAUGGCUUUGUGCUGGGUUCCUCCUGAGUGCUGCUGGGAUCAGCAUAGAAAUAAUAAAAGGCUCUGCUUAGUGA